AUGAAAACAAACGAUGAAUCCCAAAGUUUAUCUAUCUAUCACAUCCUCAAAGAUGAUGAAUCGAUUGAAUCGAAUGCGUGCCUCAUCAUCGAUGAAAGUUACGAACGGUUACUAUAUGAUGUUGGCAUACAAUAUCAUGAAACUACCCCCGAAAUUAAACACGUGCAAGUCAACAGACCUAAAUGUUUGGACAAUCUACUAGUCAAACCAUAUUCCGAAGAUAUUCAAUUAAAAGAAUCCUUUAAAACUAUCAUACCAAAAGACAACCAGGAAAACUUAAAAUAUGGAUCUAAAAAAGAAGGUGAGCCUCGAAUGGACUGGAAUGAAUAUCACCGUUUAAAUGUAAUCCAUGACUUCUUAGAAGAGCUUGAUUCAGACUACCCCUCUAUAUGCACUGUUGGUGUUAUCGGUACUUCUCUGGAGGACAGAGAGUUGAAGAUUCUGAAGGUGUCAAACAGUAACGCCAGUAACCCAGCAGUGUGGAUGGACGCCGGGAUACAUGCUCGCGAGUGGAUAGCACCAGCAGUAGCAACCUACGUCGCGAACCAUAUUGUACGCAACUUCACAAACUUGCCAUCGAGCAUCACCAAUAAGGAUUGGUAUUUUCACCCAGUCGUGAACCCCGACGGGUAUGAACACUCGCAUACAGGCGACCGGAUGUGGAGGAAAAAUAGAGCACGACACAAGGGUGUGUGUGUGGGCGUUGACCUUAAUAGGAACUUCAGUUAUUGUUGGGGAGGUAAAGAGUCGUCUGGAAACCCCUCAAAUACAUUCUAUAGAGGACCUGAACCAUUUUCAGAACCUGAAUCAAGAGCUAUAAGGGACUUUAUUCUAAACUCCGAAAUUCCAUUCAAAGUUUACAUCACGCUGCACAGUUACGGUCAAGUGAUUCUUUUUCCUUACGCCUCUAAGGACGAGCCGUGUCCUGACUACGUAAGAUUACUUGAAGGGGCGACUGUCAUGUCUAAGGCUAUCCACGAUACUAAUGGAAACACAUAUAAAGUGGGAGUAUCAAGGGAUGUAAUGUACGGGGCGGCUGGUACAAGCAACGACUGGAGUUACGGCGUAGCUGGCAUACCUUACUGCUACCUUAUAGAGCUUAGGAGCAAAAAACACAAAUUCAUGUUACCUAAAGACGAAAUAGAAGAAACUGGCAAUGAAAUAUUGAACUGUGUUAAGGCUUUGAUGGAGUUUAUAGAUGGGAAGGAGCGUGUGUCAAUAGCAGACAAUUGUAAGGAUGAUUCGACGAAUUGA